CACGUACUUUGACUUCGUGACUAAUUGUUGCGACUGCACCUGUAAAGGUGUCAGAUUUUAUUUUGAAAAGUAAAUCAAAACUGCUAUCCUCUCGGAGUCGCAACUUGACCAUUUUGUCUGCGCUUCUUCUGCGACGCAGCGACCUUGGUGGCUACUUGCUACUAGCUAAGCAUGGCGGGGAAUGCGUGGAGGUCAGCGAUUGUUAAGCUACUCAGAAAAUGGAGUUUAUCGAUCAGUGGCCAGGAUAAAAUCAAGGCAAAGGAAGCCCAGCAUGUGGCAGGAGCCUUGAGAAAAGAGAGCAAGACAUUCUCCCGUGGGAUGCAAACGGUGACUUUGAUCCCCGGUGAUGGAAUCGGACCAGAAAUCUCCGCUGCUGUCAUGAAGAUAUUUGACGCAGCUCAGGCCCCUAUUCAGUGGGAGGAGAGGAACGUUACAGCCAUUAAAGGUCCUGGGGGGAAAUGGGUGAUUCCUCCAGAUGCUAAAGAAUCGAUGGAUAGGAACAAAAUGGGUCUGAAGGGUCCUUUGAAGACGCCAAUUGCUGCGGGUCAUCCCUCGAUGAAUCUUCUCUUGAGGAAAACCUUUGACCUCUACUCCAACGUGCGCCCUUGUGUUUCCAUCGACGGCUACAAGACGCCCUACACCGAUGUGAACCUCGUCACCAUCCGAGAGAACACAGAGGGGGAAUACAGUGGGAUUGAACAUGUGAUUGUCGAAGGAGUUGUGCAGAGUAUUAAACUCAUCACGGAGCAAGCCAGCCAACGCAUUGCCGAGUACGCGUUUGAAUAUGCGAGAAACAAUAACAGGACCAGUGUCACUGCGGUUCAUAAGGCUAACAUCAUGCGCAUGUCGGAUGGGCUCUUCCUCCGAAAGUGCAGAGAGGCCGCUGAAAGGAAUAAGGAUAUUAAAUUUACUGAGAUGUACUUGGAUACCGUGUGCCUCAACAUGGUGCAGGACCCUACACAGUUUGACAUUCUGGUGAUGCCAAAUUUGUAUGGCGACAUCCUGAGUGAUCUUUGUGCUGGACUUAUUGGAGGACUCGGAGUGACCCCUAGUGGAAACAUUGGCGCCAAUGGUGUUGCCAUUUUUGAGUCUGUUCAUGGAACGGCCCCCGAUAUAGCAGGAAAGGACAUGGCCAACCCCACCGCUUUGCUGCUAAGCGCGGUUAUGAUGCUGCGCCACAUGGGCCUGCACGACCACGCAAAGAAGAUCGAGACCGCCUGUUACGACACCAUUCGGGACAAAAAGGUGCUCACCGGAGACCUCGGAGGGAAGUCAAAGUGCUCCGAAUUCACAGAGGCCAUAUGUCAACGAGUGCGAGAUCUGUAAAGGAACGAAUUUAGUGUGCCUCUUUAUGCUCCCAUUUGAAACCAAAACCCAAUUAAAACGGUCUCAGGAUUCGUAA